AGUGUAGGAAUUUCCGGUUACGUCAGGGCGUAAGGACUCCAUUAGAGCUGCAGCUGUUUGGAGAGAAACAACAACAAAAACGGGCGAACUGUCAGGGCCGCCGGAGUGACAGUCCGUCCACAGCCCGACAACGAGCCCUCAAACCUGGAAGCGCAACCUCCAUUUCCCACCCGGAGCUCCGCCGGCUUCUAACCACGGCCGCUCUCGGUGAGGAAACUCUGGCCUCCGCUUCCUCCUCCUCCGACUCGGACACCGGCGGAGCGUCGCCGCCCCCGCGGAAGAAGCACCGAGCCUCGGCGGCGGAGGGAGCAGGAGAGCCCGGGGCUUCAGCAGUUGUGACAGGCCUCUCCGGAGUUGCCCUAGGACUUGCUUCGCACUCCCCGCACUCUCAAGCCACCUCCGCCAUCCAGUUCAACCGUAGCGUCGUCAACAUCCUCAGCGGCAGCAUGCAGGCAAACGGGGCAGGACAGGGACAAGAAUCCUCGGAGCUUUCCUGCCUAAAUAGUGCACAAAACGGGGAGUCAUCCUCGGCCGGCGGAAGCCACUCCAACGGGCUCCUCUCCAGCACAGACAACGGGAACAGUGUCGGUACCAGUAACGGGUCCUCGAGCGGGCCCGGUUCGGGGACUUCGUCCGCCUCCACGACUUCGGCCUCCGAGGUCGGUUCGCUGAAGAAGAAGAAACGACUCUCGCAGGCGGAGGAAGAUGUCAUACGACUAAUAGGGCAACAUCUCCACGGACUGGGGCUAAAUCAGACAGUGGACCUGCUGAUGCAGGAGUCAGGCUGCAGACUGGAACAUUCGUCUGCUACCAAGUUCCGCAACCAUGUCAUGGAGGGGGAAUGGGACAAGGCUGAGAAUGAUCUCAACGAGCUGAGAGCACUGAUGCAUUCUCCCAAUGCUAUUGUGCGUAUGAAGUUCCUGCUGCUGCAGCAGAAGUACCUGGAGUAUCUGGAGGAUGGCAAAGUCCUGGAGGCUCUGCAGGUGCUGCGGGGAGAGCUGACGCCUCUCAAGUACAACACAGAUCGCAUCCACGUUCUCAGCGGGUACCUAAUGUGUAGCCACGCUGAGGAUCUGAGGGCCAAGGCGGAGUGGGAGGGCAAGGGCACCGUGUCACGCUGCAGACUGCUGGACAAAUUACAAACGUACCUGCCACCGUCUGUGAUGCUGCCCCCACGGCGGCUGCAGACCCUGCUGCGGCAAGCGGUGGAGCUGCAGAGGGACCGCUGCCUGUAUCAUAACACCAAGAUGGACAGUAACCUGGACUCUGUCUCUCUCCUCCUCGAUCAUGUCUGCAGCAGGAAGCAGUUCCCUUGUUACACGCAGCAGAUUCUGACAGAGCACUGUAACGAGGUGUGGUUCUGCAAGUUUUCAAACGAUGGCACCAAACUAGCCACAGGCUCCAAAGAUACCACUGUCAUAUUAUGGCAAGUGGACCCGGAGAGCCACCAGUUGAAGCUGCUGCGAACCCUCGAAGGUCACGCGUACGGAGUCUCCUACUUAGCCUGGAGUCCCGACGACACCUAUCUGAUCGCCUGUGGACCUGACGACUGCUCCGAGCUCUGGCUCUGGAAUGUGCAGACGGGGGAGCUGCGGAACAAAAUAUCCCAGUCCCAUGAAGACAGUCUGACCAGUGUGGCCUGGAACCCCGACGGCAAACGCUUCGUCACCGGGGGACAGAGGGGGCAGUUUUAUCAGUGUGACCUAGAUGGUAACUUGUUGGACUCCUGGGAGGGCGUACGAGUACAGUGCCUGUGGUGCCUGAAUGAUGGCAGGACAGUGCUGGCGUCGGACACCCACCAGCGUAUCCGGGGUUACAACUUUGAGGACCUUACGGACAGAAACAUAGUUCAAGAGGACCACCCUAUUAUGUCUUUUACUGUUUCAAAGAAUGGAAGAUUAGCUUUGUUAAAUGUAGCAACUCAGGGAGUACACCUGUGGGACCUUCAAGACCGGGUACUGGUGAGGAAGUACCAAGGUGUGACCCAGGGCUUCUACACCAUCCACUCAUGCUUUGGAGGACACAACGAAGCCUUCAUUGCAAGUGGCAGUGAAGACCACAAAGUGUACAUCUGGCACCGGCGUGGCGAGCUUCCCAUUGCUGAGCUAACAGGCCACACACGCACAGUAAACUGUGUGAGCUGGAACCCGGUCAUCCCAGGACUCAUUGCUUCCGCCUCAGACGACGGCACAGUGCGGAUUUGGGGUCCUGCGCCGUUCCACGACUCGCAAGAGGCGGACGGACUCAACGAGAACUGCAGUAACAUGGACAGUUGAUGGUCACUCAUGGAGCAAAUGACAUCUCUCUUUGACAACAAUCCAAGAAUCCCACAGUGAAACAAAAUCUAAACUGGCAAAUAAAAUCCAACAACAGAAAUGAAGUCAAGAAUAACACAACAAAAGCCACCAAGACAAAAGAGUAAACAAAAAGCGAGACAAACUUGUCUCCUGACUGGCCUAGACAAAAUGGUGGAGGUGAUGACGGACACUCUGAAAUUUCAAGUCCUCAUCCAAAACUUGAUCUCGACCCAGAGGCCUGGAAACUCCAGUCAAUGCCCAGCGGGAAUACGUCCGCCAUCCAGUGGCGAGUUGUGACAGGCUGUUCUCCUCCUCCAACUAACCCUCCUCCUCCCCUCCCCUGUCUCGCUGCAUGGUCACCUGCCAUGCCAGUUCCUCGCAGAGUUUCCCAGGAAACCCACCUCCACCUUGAGCUCGGCGCACAUCAAGUUCCUGUGACACCGCCUGACUGACACGGCAGACCAACCAUCUACCUAUUGGACUGCAUUUGUCUGCCUGUUUUGUCUCAAGCUACCUGUAAAAUGUCUCAAUGGACAUGGGUGGGGUGUUUUCGGGACAGGAUGAUGCGUAGGGGGAUAUAGCAACACUUCUGUAUGUAUUUUUUUUCUCCCCCCUCUUAUUGCUAUAUUCUUCACAUUGUUGGACUAAAGCCGAAAAUCCACAUUGAAAAAACUAAAACUGACCGACCAGCUGACAAAGAACACAAAAACAAGGCUAUGCUAAAUGUUGGAAAUUUAUUUUAAUGGUAGUCAUAGCAUUUAUUCUCAUUUAAGAGGUGAAUCUUAGCUUGAGUAGUGCCCUUGGAAAGCUUUAGCUUGAAGAUUCCACUUUCUGUUUCUCGACAUUAGGAAAACAAAACUUUUUAAUUCCUUAAUUUAACUCCUAACACGGACAGUCGCUGCAAUGUUUCCAACUUGACAGCCCCCCUCCACCCCAAAUAAAAAAAAGACAUCUCCUCUGUCGAGCUAGCUACCGCACAACUUCAUUACAUCUGCCUAAGAGGAGACGGACAGAGGGAUUACAGGUCACAUAUCAGCAGCGAGGGAGGGGGCAGACGUUAUCUGUGAGGUGGGGUUUCCACUGUCGGGACAGAUCGCUAUGAUCCCUUCUCAAAAGAAAUGCAAGGGUUCAAGUGUGAUUUCGAAUGCAGGCCGGUGACUGCUGUCCCUCUGUGUCUGUGUGUGUGUGUGUGUGUGUGGGCGCGUGUGUGUGUGAGUGAGUGAGUGCGAGAGUUUAUGCAUGCACACAUUAAUGUGAGAGAUUACAUUUGUGGGUGCAGGUUUAAUUGGCUCGUGUGUUUUUGUAUGCGUGUUCAAUUCACACCAGCAAAAAAAAUACUCCCCCCUACGAUCCUAUAAUCCCAUAGUAAAAUUGUAAAGAGGAUUUUAAAUCGAUUCUAAGUUAUCCAAAGCCCCGUAAGGACCUCUAUCUGUCGAACAAAGAAUACUUGAGAGCCAUUUUGUAAAAGAAAAACUUUUUUUAAUCUGGGGCUUUGUUUUUUUACAUUUGUUUGGUUUUUCUCCUUAACCACGUGGCAUUCAAACGGCACUGAGUUAUUGGCAUCCAAUCAUCUUUGUGGGGAGAAAUUUAGGAAAGAGCAAUUUGGUCGAGGCAUGUUUAAAAAAAAAAGAAAAGACAAAAAAAAAGAAGCUGUUAAGUGUUGUGUUUAUUAGCAAAGGGUUAUUUCAUAUGGGAAGUUCGAUGAUUGUAACGUACUGAAUGAGUAGUUAGCACGGCCCUAGAGAGAAGAAGGAGGCACCAAUAAUCAGAACCAUGCUCUGAGCCCGCAGAGUUAGGGAGCGAAACACACACACAUACACACACACAUACACAAACUGCCUUCCUGUUCAUACAGUUGCACACAAACCUUCAGUAUGUAUGACACCCCUCCCUCCACCCAACUGCACUUUGAGUGGUCUCAUUGCCGUCUUGCACCUACUGCAGCGGCGUGAAUCCAUAAGGUUCUUGUAGCCUUGCAGUCACCACACUCGCCAGACGUUUGGCUUUAAACAAGGCUGCUUUGGCAAAGACUUAAAAAACGGACAGGAGAUUGCUAAAGGAAUCAAGCCCUCUCUAUGCAUCCAAAAGCGGUGACUGAUUAUUUCAUUGUAGAACUCUUGCAUAUAAAGCAUCAUGGCAGCCUCACCUGGAGGGUGCCACUGUUGGAGCUUAGAGAGAACUCAGCAUUAACUCCCCCAUUGCUCUCCAGCCAAGUACUUCAGUGGUCAGUGCACCAUUCAAAGCUUUCUUCCUCCCUUUUUCAGGGUAUGUAAUGACUAUUUGCUACAGACUGAUAUACAGUGAAAAUGUUUAAAAAACAGUGCUUUUCUGUCUGUUUUUAUUGAACUUUUUUGUUACUUAAAAUUUUUUUUGUUCACAUUAUAUCAUUUUUUUUUGGGUUGACCUUUAUCCCUGUAUGAUCAUAUUAAAAUAUAACCAGACACUUGGGAGUCCUCACUUUUUUUUAAUCUUAACAAAUCCCUUUUAACUUUCUUUUAUAUAUUUUUUUCUUAGUUUCUUUGUGUUCAGUUGAAUUUUAUCUACCACUACAAUUACAAAUGAAUAUGCACAGUAACACCCAUGCCAAUAGGAAGAGUCAUUGUAGGAAGUGUGUUACCUAUAAUCAAAUCAGGUUUGAACUAUCCACCCCUCGCCUUUAAAGAGUUUCCUUCAUGUGAGAAUCUUCUUUAUCGCAUGUCUGUGUAAUUGAGCAAAAUCUCUCUUGGUGUGCCAUUGUUGAUUUGACAGUUGCCACUGCUCUGACCCGUAUCAAAGCCAAAUCACUUUAGAAACAACAAGUGUGACGGUCUGAUAUUCACAGUCUUGAACCCUCGACUCCCCGACUGCAGAACGGACUCCUCUUCCACACCCAACAUCAUUUCAGAAGACCCGAGGCAAAUCACACGCUAAUGAACCCUAACAUGAGUUUCAGUAAAGCCCAUCAUUCACCUGCUGGGGGCAAAUGCUAUGUCUGUAUGCAACCUGGUGUCUACUCUGUUCUUCUGUCUUGAGUUUACCAAGGGAGUUGUUUCUGAUUUUAAAUAUGUCUUAUUUCUCUCUCUGAGGUGAGGGUGGUGGUUGUGGGUAAGGGGCUGGGUGGGGAUUACUAAGGGCUUGCUGUAGCAUCUCUGAGUUCCUUGGGUGAGGGGCGGGACGGGGUGAUGUGUGGGUUUUGCGUUCAGUGUGUUAUUUACAAAAGUGAUUGUACUGUUUUGUAUUGUUGUGUAGGAAAAGUGUUAUGUAUGCAUAUUUUCAAUAAAGCAUUCAGGGUUUUGAAAAAAAAGAAGAAGUAUAGUCCAUGGAAGUUUGAUCGGCCAGGAGCUUGUGAGGUCUACCUAUCAGAUGCCAAGGGCGGCCCAUCAAAUGCCAAUGGAGCAUUUUUUCUCCCACUCACACCCCCACUGUGCAGAUCCAGCUCGGCCCUGAACCACUGUCUUAGGAAAAAAGCAUGUUUCAUGGUGGAAAACACUGGGUUUGAAUUUUCGGUUUUGUGAAUUCAGUGUUGAUUUCUAAAUGUUUUGAAAGCAAUGUGUGGGGCCAGACCAGCUGGUGAGAGGGGAUCUCCAAUGCCAGAAUAAUUAGGAAUGACAAGAACAAUUGCCAAUAAAGUGACAUUAUUUUGAGUAA